AACUUACGCAAGCAUAUCUACUUAAGCAGCUGAGCUCCUCAGAGCAACUCGCGGAUACGGCAUCAUCACAAAUCAACCGAAAAUCUGAUCGAAAGUGAGCUGACAACUCUGCAGCUCUAAAGAUAUGGCAGCAACUCAGCAACAUGGCAAGACAGAUGCCUACAUCACCAACACUCCCAGGUACCACACCAACAAAGAUGCGGCAUACGUCCUCCCAAAUGAUGAAGUGGAACACAGACGCCUUGAAGAACAAGCCGCUCACCUACAAGCGAUCAUGAACAACAACAUCAUCCACAGUCCCAUUCCGACCAACAUACAAGAUGCCAAGAUGCUCGACAUAGGCUGCGGAACAGGAAUCGUAACCGAUUUCAUCGGCAACCGCUUCCCCAAUGCCCAAGUCUAUGGUCUCGACAUCUCCGACGUUCCAGUGCACAUCCGCAAUCAUCCACCUAACGUCCAAUUCCUCAAGGGUAAUGCUACCACGAACUCACCAGACCAAUGGCUCACUCAGGAUGCUGCCUCCAAACCGGUCCUUGACGCGUCCACUCACUUCGACCUCAUCUUCUCUCGCCUCCUUGUUUGCGGCAUGACUAAUUGGCCUCAAUACGUCUCCCGCGUGCACACUCUCCUCAAACCUGGCGGACGCAUCGAACUUCAUGACAUCGAUUGGACUUGGUAUAACUCACUCUCUCCCACACCAGAAACCCCCAUCUCCAACAAUUGGAAAUGGCUCACAGCCGCCAAAUCCGUCGCUUCUAAACGCGGAAUGGACUGGACUUGUGCUCGCUCUCUUCCGCAAUGGCUUUCAGACGCUGGAUUCCAAGAUAUCGAAGUGAAGAAAUAUAAAUGGCCGCAUGGUGGUUCUUGGCAGAAGGAUCCGGUUUGGCAGGCUUGGGGUGAUUUUGUCGUGAAAGAGAUGAAAGGAUUGGUAUGGCAUGUGAUCCCGAGGACAUUGGCGGGUGAGGGUUAUAGUGAGCAGGAAAUCAAGGGCUUCCAAGAGGAGGCGGUGAAGGAUAUGGAGGCGGAGGAGGGAAAGUAUUGGGUUUUCUGGGUGGUGACGGGACGGAAGGCGGAGUAGUGGGUAUGAAGAAAGGGGAUGUGCAGAGCGAUAUCAUUUUUGACAGGCUUGUUUGGGUGGCGGGAUACAUGACAAUGGCGGAGGAAUAUGAUUUGAAUAUCGAAGUGCUAUAGACGCAGGGUGAACGUGUGUUCGCGGUGUUCAUGAAAGGUUGGUAUCGAAAAUUGGUCUGGAAAAGGUAUUGAUGGCGUUGUGUAGUCCUAAUCAAUGUCCCGUUCUGUACGAACACUGCAUGUUUUCGAGUCUUGAGACCCAGCUGUAGUUGUCUAGAUGUGUGGGAGAACUUUCACGACAAUCUCAUACUAAUGCCACACGAUGCUACAUGCUUCUGAGCGGAGAAGCCAGCGAAUCGCGAGUUUUGUGAUCCCCAUCCCAAGGUUCUCUACCCCACGACUGUGGAGUGCUCUCUUUCGCUUGGAAUUGUGAAAGCGCCAAAGUGGUUCGCUGUGUACUCUGAUGCAUCAGACUCGGUUGACGGACGAGCG